GUAGCUCGUUGGGUCAUUGCGAUAUGCAAGACUGACCACCAUGUCGAGGUAGCAGCUAUCGGUCGGGCUGCAUAUUAUAGCGGUAGACUAAUGAAAGAGAGAGAAUAACUGGACAUGCGACAACACAUUCCUGACCUUUAAUUUCUGUUUGUCUUCUUAAAAUUCAUUAUAUUAAGGAGGCCGGUAGGAACAAGUGAUAACUGACUGUAGGGAUAUCCGUCAAAGAUGCCUCGACAGAUUGACAACAUAAAAGAAUUUCUGCACAUGACACAAAGGGCAGACGCCAAAUCCGUUAAAAUCAAAGAGAAUAAAGACAAUGUCAAAUUUAAAAUUCGCUGCAGCCGAUUUUUAUACACACUUGUUGUAGUUGAAAAGGAGAAAGUUGGGAAGAUUAAACGCUCACUCCCUCCAAGUAAUUAUAGUGAAGUACUGGCUAAUCCUCACUCUUCCUUUAGAUCUGACUGUCAAAGAACUGUAAUGUGCUGUUGACAAAUAAAUACUUUGAUAACGAAGUUAGUCUCAUGAUUUCCUGACGGUGUGUGCGAGUGUGACUAUGAGGGAAGCUAGAAUGAGACAGCUGCGAUAUCUAUGACCACAUGUGAAGCUGGGUUACAACACCUCACACCAAACUGAAUUUCAGUUGCUGACGGCAACGACUAAGAAGUCAAUAAAAUUAGCGACUGUGGAAAGUUGCAGGAUGAAAGAGGUGCAAGGAACAGAGUGAGGUCACACAAGAUUGUAGUGCGUCAGAUAUGAGAGUUAUUGCUUCUGCCCCACCGUGAAUGGAUUUUAGAGUAUUCGUUUGUCUUGAGAAAUGUUUGUAAUUUGUUGGUGCAUUCCAAUGAGAUGAAUUACAUUAAUUGACGUUAUUCAUUGCGGCCUCGCAGAAAGAAGACUUAGAAACGAGUAUAAUAAACAUUGAGGUGAAGACAGUAGGUGUAGUCACCAUUAGUUAAAUAGUACCGUCGUUGAAUUCUAUCUAACAAACGCAAAGGGGUUACUGCGCUGCAGAAAGAUUCGUAUAGGAAGUGAUUGUGUUGUGUUUUCGUAUGCCCACUAAGAUUGCACUCGAUUUCAUGUGGUAUUUUUUUAUGAAACAUGUUGUGGCGAAGGAUGUGUUGCGUUUCAGGGUUAGAAAACGGUUGUGUGUGGGGACGAAAUAGUAGACUUUUGCUAGUUGAGGGAUUGUGAGUGGGUGUGAGACUGGACACUGUGAAUAAACCACUUGUUGUGACGAGUUUUAGGCGAUGUGAUGGUGUGUUGGACGAAGUAUCUUGGCGUAUGAAUGCAAGGGAGGGUAUCUAUGCGGAUGUAGCGUGUCCCGGGUGGGUUAUUUUGCUGUGUAUCACGUUUUCAUGUAGACUUACUGUGACACGGAAAGUGAGAACGGAUGAGAUAUAGUUGUCGUGGAUCCCUGUCAAGUCUGAUGCUUGAUCUGACGGUUUGUAGUCAGCUUGUGUUUCAGCUAGUUAGUGUUGAGAGAUUCGCCGAGACUCCUUUGGAUAUGAUUAGUCAUUGUUGACGGAUGCAUGAAGACAAGAGAGAGAAUUGUCUGAGUCUGGUAAUUAUUUUUGUCUGGCUUUUGUUAGCCAACAAGUAAGUGGUGUCUAAUUUUCUGAAUGACUGGUGUUGAGAUGGCGACAAAAUGGUGCGUUCAUGUGGUAAGUUAGUGAUAUUUCUGACCUAACUCAUUUAUCAUAGACUCUUGACACUGAAUGACUGGGCAUACUGAAGAGGGGUUUUGAUGAGUCUUCGUGGAAUAUAAAGUGCCAUUAACAGGUUAGUUUUCGACUAGGACAAAUUCUAGUUUUCAUUGUCUUUGUCUUACUGAAUAUAUGCUAUGUGGUGAGUGUAUGACACCUCUUAUGAGAUGAUAGUGAUUCGUCUUUCACACUGACUGCUUGUCUAAAUUGAUUCUCACAUGUUGUUUAUCUUUUCAGAUGUCAGUGGUGCACACUGGGUAAGUAGGCAAAUUCAAAUUGUCAUUCAAUGAUGAAUUAAUUGCGUGUCAUAUGAACUAUCAUUGAUAUGCACUAUUAAUCUGAUAGAAAUUCCCAGUUAGCAACUUUUCUAUAUUUCAAUGCUAUCAUCAGAACGACAAAUCUUGUUGCUAAAUAUUUAUUUAUUUUCCUUCCUUUUUUACAUUGUUACCUAGUUGAGUUGGAGCAAGUUACCGUGAAGUUGUUGUUUUGGUGACAUGUUGGGCGUAUAUGGACGAAUGCGGCUUUCCGUUUGGCGACUUAUAGGCUGGAAUGGUUCCUACCAGUUGUUAUAGUGCCACUGCAUUCUGGUAGUCUGGGAAGAAAAAACUCUGAUGUUACUUGUGAUGAACAGUGUUUAGUCGAGUGUAUAAAGCAAUGUAAAGUAUACAUGUUAUGUAGAACGAAA